AUGAAAUACAGUCCACGUGUCUUGUUUUUGUCCUGUUUCGCCACUAGGAGUAGCGAAAUCCCUGCCACGUGUCCUGUUUCGCCAACAACAAUGGCGAAAUCCACUGUUUCAAGCAAGGAAGAUUUGGAAGUGCAUGCUGAAGAUCUCACUCAGCGUGCAAGAUUCGCUAAGAGAGGCGACCCGCUCAGCGCGGAAAAGAACUCGCCAAGCGCGAAGAAGAACCCUAGAGAAUACAAAGUCAGAGAGCUGCGAAGACAAGCGUUUGGAAGUGGUGGUGGUGGCAGUUUUGGCCACCACAACCACCAUGAUCAUUUUCACGGUGGAAUGAUGGGUGGGAUUAUUGGGGGCACCGCCGUUAGUGCGGGCGGUGAUGGAAUGAUGGGUGGGAUUAUUGGGGACACAGCGGGUGGAGGAGGAGGAGGAGCUUGUGGUGGCCAUGUGGGUGGUGGAGGGGGAGGAUGUGGUGGUGGUGGAGGAGGAGCAAGUGCAUGUUAA